AUGAAGAGAACUGUUCCAUCACUAACACCAGCAGGCAGGGCACCUGUUAGUAAACCGCCUGUCAAUAGAGCACCUAUUAGAAGAGCACCAAUGGCAGAUAAAAAGAAGAAAGAAGAAACAAUUUGGCAAGCUGCAGAUAGUGGUGAUAUUGAAUUAGUGAAGAUACUUCUUCAGAAGGGCCAGAACGUCAAUUCUAAAGAUAAAGAAAAGAACACGCCACUUAUGUUUGCUGCUCGUCAAGGAAAUUUAUUUAUGCUAAAAUAUUUAGCAGAAAACGGAGCAACAAUUGAUGAUAAAAAUGCACAGGGAUAUACAGCAUUAAUCCUUGCAACUCUUAGUGAGAAAAUAGAUGCAAUAAAGUUUCUUGUUAAUAGACAUGCUUCUAUAGAAACACGAGAUUCACGUGGAAACACGCCAUUUCUUUUGGCGGCUUCAAGAAAUUUAUCACUUUUGCAAUAUUUUCUUGAACUAGGUUCUGAUAUAAAUGAUACUAAUAGAGAUGGAAUGAAUGCGUUAAUGAUUGCUGUUAGAAACAAGAAAGAUGAUAUUGUAAAUUUCUUGCUUUCCAAAGAUGUUCCAUUAAAUGAAAAAGAUAAAGAUGGUUUUACUGUUUUGCAUCAUUGUGCGAGCAUAGGAAAUGCAAAUAUAAUGAGAAUACUUAUUGAUAAAGGGGCUGAUAUCGAUGCUGUUGAUAAAGGUAGAAAUACUCCUAUUAUUAUUGCAAGCCAAAAAUGCUUUUUUGAAUGUGUUGUGAUGCUUGAGAAUGAAGGUUGCAAUAUCAAUGCUAAAAAUUACUUGGAUAACACUGCUUUGAUGGAAGCAUCUGCUUCUGGUAACUUCAAGAUUGUUGAAUUCCUUUGUAAAAGGCAUGCCGAUAGAGAUGGAGCUUAUGAUAAAGCAAAGACAACUGAAAUCUCAGAUUUCUUAAUGCAUUUUAAAGAUGAUUAA